CUAUUAUUCACAGCAGCUCCACUGCCUGGUCUUGCCUGCGCCUUUAUGCUGAUCAGCCAGCCCACGGCUCCUCCUCCUCCCAGCCUCCCUUAAGAACUUCACCGUCUGCUGUCCCAGAGGGUAACUCCGACCAGGCUCAGAAAUCACUUGACUUAACUCGGCUGCACUUCUUUCUGCGUGUGUGUAAUUACUCUAGCAGCCCUCUCUAAAUACGCGGGGCAUUAGAUUUCAUGUCAGCAGAAGGAGUCCAAACGGCCCAGACUGUCAUCUGUUGGAAAUAGUUACCGUGUAGGCUUUUACACUUGAAGGGGGAAACUUUUCAAUAUGCUCUGAAAUGAAAGAAGAAUUUUGUGUUUUUAUCCAAGUGCGCCGGCAUCUUUUUCUGUGGGGGCAGUCACAGCGGGGAAUGAUUAUUUUCAGAAUCACGACCAGGAAACACUUGGGAAUGUAUUAGAGAAGUACAUGGUUUACACGCAAGGACGGGAUCCGCGCGUCCCUCUGUGCUUCGGGUUGACUUGUGAAGACACUGUGGGUGACUGGCCCGGGGAAGGAGAUGCCCUGGAGACCCUGGAGCCGUAGUGACACCGCCGGGACCAUGUCUGCUGUGCCAAGAGGAGGCGGCAGCCACCUGCUGUGCGGUUUGCACACCUGCAGGCUGAGGCUCCCGGAGGACCCGCAGCAGCGAGAAAAAUCUGUCAUUGCUCAACCAAUAUUUGUUUUUGAAAAGAGAGAGCAAUCUUUUAAGAGGCCUGCGGAAGAAACCCUGCACGAAGCAGCGGAACCAGAAUGUAAUGGUUUUUCAAGAAAGCGCAUACGGUCUUCAUCUUUUUCUUUGCAAACUACAGCUUCUCAGUCCCAAGGAGUGAAGAAAAACAAUGUUUUUAUGACAUCAACUCUUGUGCAAAGGAGUGUUGACAUGAACAGUGCAGAACAAAGUCCUUUGAAACAUUCUGAACAUGUCCUAAGACCUGCUAUUUUGCAGCCACCUCGAGCUCAAAGGUGUGAAAAAGUAAGACACCAUGCAUUGGAACACUGCAAGACUAAAGAAAAAACAAAAAAUAAGAUUUCCGAGAAGAACUCCUCUUUGCUAAGUGAAAAUUUGCCAAGUGCUGGAAUUUCAAUCCAGCUGUCUACCAACCAGAUUCUUUUGGGUGCUGCAUCAGUAGGAUGUCAACCAAAUGAAGAUAAGUAUUCUUUUAAAAGCUGCAGUUCUGACUUUGUUUUUGGAGAAAACAUGGUAGAAAGAGUUUUGGGUAUGCAAAAACUCACCCAGCCUCAACUUGAAAAUGACUCCUAUGCCAAGGAAAAGCCAUUCAAAUACACUCUAAAAUUUCCUAUCAACUCUCCAAGCUCAAGAACAGACGCUAUUAAAAAUAUAUCCCUGAUUGAAUCAGCUGCUGCUCUCUCUUCCAAAUCACCACCAAAAUGCUUGCUGAAGAAAAUUGAUGUAAUAACAGGGGAGGAAGCGGAAUAUAAUGUGUUAAAGAUCAACUGCAAGCUUUUUGUGUUCAACAAAACCACCCCGUCCUGGACUGAAAGGGGCCGGGGAGCGCUGAGGCUGAAUGACACAGCUAGCAGUGACUGUGGGGCCUUCCAGUCAAGACUAAUUAUGCGCAAUCAAGGCAGCCUGAGGCUGAUUCUCAAUAGCAAACUCUGGACUCAAAUGGAGAUUCAAAGAGCGAACCACCAAAAUUUACGAAUAACAGCUACUGAUUUAGAAGACUAUAGCAUCAAAGUGUUUUUAAUUCAGGCCAGUGCCAAAGACACAGAAUCGCUGUAUGCAGCCAUACAUCACCGUCUUGUUGCUCUUCGAAGCUUCGAGAAGCAGAAAGACGUCAGUCAAGCUGAGAGCCAGGCAGAAGCAGCCCUCCCACAACUAAACUGCGACAGCUGUGAUGAGGAUGAGGAUGGUUUCACCCAAGGCACUAACAAUAGAUCAGAUCCUUCUAGGUGGACCCACCGACAGUCAGUAGCCUGUUCAUGAGUGCCACCCACUAUAACAUGACGACAUGUACACAAAGAUUAGUCACCAACUGAAAAUACUAAGCCAUCUUCACUAAACGAGAAGAUCCUUUUCAUCCCUUGAAGAGUUUUAAUAGAAAAGUUCAUGAAAUAUAUUUGUUGCAAUUGAAGUUUUUCUCUUAUGUAGUCUGGUAAUUCUGAGGUCUUACAUUUUGAUUAUUGUGGAGAAAAUGACAAUUUAAGAAAUACAUGGACUUUGGAAGUUCAAAAUGUGUCAUUUUGGGAGAACUUAACUUAGAAUAGGAUUUGAUAACUAAUUUGGACUAUUCAUCACAUUGAUGGAUAUAAUUGUUAAAAUGAUAAAUUGCUGGAUUUGAUAAAUAGCUAAGUAAAAUCUUUAUUUUUUCAGUCAUGCAUUGUGUGGCCAUAAAACAAAUAUUUUAUAAUAUUUCCAGUCAUUUCUUUGAAAACCACUCUAACUGCAUAACAUUUCAUUAAAACAUGUUUUUCUUCUGAGACACGUGUAUUUUCAUUUAGCCUUUGGACUUCCUAAUACUGUAAGAUUAUGUACUCAUGUAUUCCUUUAAAGAGAAUAUUUGUUCUUAGACUCGUAUCCACUGUACCUUGUAUAUUCUUGACUGACAGCCAGCCUCCAAUAGUUGUUGAAGGAAUGUAUAAAAUACAUUACCUAUGUAUCAAAACAGUAAGUAUACAAAAACUGAA